AGCGCCUACACAAUGUGAUAGUUUUAUAUUUUAUGAACACAGUGCGAAUGCAUCCGUUUCUAAGCAACAGGACAACAACACCACAAUGGCGGACAAGACUGAGGAGAGACCGCAAAAAUCCAUACGGGUUUUUAUCAACAAUGUUGAUAAUUACACAACGAAACAUAUUGCAAAGUUUUUAGACUCGUGUGUAGUUGGUGCAUCUCUUGUGGACUUUGAGGCUGAUGUGGAGGAGGAAGAAGACAGGCUGCAGGAUGACAAGCAAACAAAAAUCAAAGAUGCAACCUUCCAAAUUGUGGGAACAGUUUCCAGCCAAACAGAGAAGUGCAGUUUUAUCUCUGAAGAGUACAGCGUAAAUAAAUCAACUGUAACGUUACUACAGCAUUAUGCAGAAUAUGCUAUGUCUUUCAUGAGUUGUAACUUACUGACACUCUGCCAGCCACUUUACUUUUUUAAUAACAUCCCGUUUCAUCUCUACCAGCACUUGAAGCACGAAGAGCUUCUCCGUCAUCUGAUGAAGUGUGAUGUGAUCAUUUUUGAUAUCAAUCAGCAUGCUGAUCAGAUAGCUGAAGCACAGUGGGCUGUCUCAGCUCUUCAUAAAGAAAUGGACACUUUUUCUGGGCACAAGAUAUUUAUCCUGGUGUCAACCAUCAUGACGUGGGCUAUGUCUAAACCAGCUAAUAAAGAUGACCCAGAGAUUCCUUUUACAGACGAGCACUACAGGAAAAGAAAAGCACACCCCAACUUCUGUGAUCAUAUCGAAUUGGAGAAACUUGUGGUGAAAUUAGGCAAAACUAAAAGCUCCCUGUUCUCUACAUAUGUUGUUGCAUCAGGGCUACAAUAUGGAAUGGGAGAACACAUGUUUCACUUGUUUUUUAAGAUGUCAUGGCUGGGUGAAGUCUCUGAGGUGCCCAUCUUUGGUGAUGGCUCCAAUAUUAUCCCCACUAUUCACAUCAAUGAUCUGGCAGGGAUCAUCCAAAAUGUCAUUGACCACAAGCCAAAGUCACAAUAUAUUGUUGCUGUUGAUGACUCCAAAAACACAAUGGACGAUAUCAUAAAGGCAAUAACACUCGUGCUUGGACCAGGAAAAACUCGGAAUGUUUCAAAAGAGGAGAUUUAUCUCAUACGGGAGUUGACACAAACAGAUAUUGAUUCUUUGUUUGUCAACCUUCGUAUUGAAGCACUGUAUCUGAAAGAGAAUUUUAACAUCCAGUGGGUGUCAGAAUAUGGCAUGGUUGAAAACAUUGAGCAGAUCACUGAAGAAUACAAGCAGACCAGGCGAUUGUUGCCCCUUCGUAUCUGCAUCCUGGGACCACCUGCUGUAGGAAAGAGCACUAUAGCAGAGAGGAUAUGCAAACAUUACAAACUUCAUCACGUUAAACUUAAGGAGACGAUCACUGAAACAUUAAACAACCUGGAGUCAUGUAUUCAAAUGGAGGACAUGGAAAAUGAUGAGGGUGAAACUCAGGAGUUUCUGGACACUCUGAAGGAAAACAUGAAUGAGAAUGGAGGACGACUGGAUGACCAAUAUGUGAUUCGUAUAAUGAGGGACAAACUCAGGACUAAACCCUGUUUGAACCAGGGCUUCGUUUUGGACGGUUUCCCUAAGACAUAUGAGCUGGCGAAGCAGUUAUUUACUGGUGAUGAAGAGCCUGAAGACUUGCAAUCUAAACAUGAGAAAAAGAUCAUCCCAGAGUUUGUGUUCUCUGUUGACGCUACUGAUGAUUUCCUGAAAAACCGCGUUCUGAAUCUACCCGAGACUGUUGUAGAGGGAACGUCCUACACCCCUGAACAGUUCCCACGCCACUUGGCCCGUUUCAGAGAGAGAAACGUAGAGGAUCAGACAGUGCUGAACUUCUUUGAGGACCUAGAGAUUGAUCUUGAGCAUUUAGAGAUUACAAGCAAUGAUGACAAUGAGUACUUGCUGGUCACUGAGAAGAUUUGCAAAAAAGUGGGCAAACCGAAGAACUACAGGCCGAUCUCAGAGGAGGUGGAGGAAGAAGAACGACGGCAAGCUGAACAGCAGCUAAAGAAACAGGCGACACAAAAGGCCGAGGCAGAGCGCCAGGAGGAAGAGGAAGCCCAACAGAGAGAUCAGCGUUGGGGGGAGUGGAAUCAGAGUCUUCAGGAGGUGAGGAGAGAAGAACAUGACUUGUUGGAAUCUCAGUCAGUGCCUUUAAGGAACUACCUGAUGAGGGAUGUGAUGCCCACUCUCACCCAAGGCCUCAUCCAGUGCUCUACAAUACGUCCUGAUGACCCCAUAGACUUCCUGGCUGAGUACCUUCUCAAAAAUAAUCCUGAAGCGUAAUAAACGUGGACAUUUGUGUGCCCUGGGUUUCAUCAGCAAGUAUAACUUCUGUUGGUUUGUUUUGUUCUAGAGAGUUUUAUUUCAGUCUUAAUGUUAAUUUAAAAUCUGAAUCUUUAAUAUACAGUCCAUGAUUAUGCAUAAUAAAUAUGCAGUAAUGCUACAAUUAAUAAAGUCAAUG